GGGGCGUCAAUGACGGUGACCUGGUACUUGGGGGUCUCGAACUUCCAGAGAGCAAUGUCGAUGGUGAUACCACGCUCACGCUCGGCCUUGAGCUUGUCAAGAACCCAGGCGUACUUGAACGAGCCCUUGCCGAGCUCAGCAGCCUCCUUCUCGAACUUCUCAAUGGUACGCUUGUCGAUACCACCGCACUUGUAGAUAAGGUGGCCGGUGGUGGUGCUCUUGCCGGAGUCGACGUGGCCGAUAACUGAAUGUCAGGCCCUGAACCGCCAAAUGUAAUCGAGCAGUAAACUCACCGACGACGUUGAUGUGGAGCUUGUCCUUGCCCAUUUUGAAUAGGUUUUGUCUGCAAUGUUAGUCGACAUUCUCUGAGAGUGGCAGUCAAUGGUGGGAGUGGGGAGACAAAGACAGCAUGCGCAUUGCGAGUCAAAGGCGGAGGAUGUUGGAUGGAGGAAGGUUGAAGGUGGAAGCGGGAGGUCAAAUUUGACAUGGACCCUUUGUGCCAUCCAAUUCGUCACGGUCGUCGUGCUCCGUCUGUUUGACGACGAUGCAGACGACCACGAUACCAAUGCGCGAGCAUCGCCAAGAGCGCAUGCACUCGAGGCAGGUGGCCUUGCAUGGUCGAGAGGAAAGGAUGGGAUGGAUGAGGGGUGGGGGGAAGGAGUGCAGGGCAAGUGGCGCGCGGCGAUGACGAGAGCGAUGGUGCUGCAGGUUGUUCGAGUCGAUGACGGGCAGGUCGUUGUCGGUCGCAGUGCGCUCGCUGUCUUUGCCUCUUUGGCGACCACCAUUGCCAUGGUUGUCGUUGGUGCUACUCACUGUUUUUUGGAGGAGAGAGAGAGGGUGGGAGUGAAGAGAGAAAGCGGAUCGCACGCGGAUUUUACAGUGCGCUGGCACUGGAGCUCGCCCCUCCAACAGACCCUGAAUUGCCUUUGUCUACUCAAAGCCCAGUCACGGCGUUAUGGUGUUAUGACGUGUGGCGGGGUCUAUAACGCCGCUAGAGGGCCCUUGUGUGGCAGCCUGACGUCGGCUUGCUCACCGUACGGGGUGAUUUGGCGCAAUGUUUAUCCGAUCCCCUCACGUUAAUUUGAUGCCAGGAGGGCAGGAGGGGAAGGAAAGAAGGAAGGAAGGAGAGAGGGAGCUGAGCGAGCGGUAUGAGCGGACCCUGCCGAGCAGCUCGCCAGUUGCAAUCU